AGCUCCCCGAACUACCCUCCACCCCCCCUUGUCCAAUGAACGGGCUCGGUGUGCGUCGCGUGCGGUGAGGAGGGGCGGCAGCGGCGAAGCUCACGCGAUAAAACAAGAGUAAACGCGGCACCGGGUUGCCUUUGACCAGCCGGACUCAGCGGAGACGCUCAGAGGCUCGUGUCCUGUCAGAGCGCGCGCGCACUCGGGCUGAGUGGAUGUGAUGUACUGAGCGAGGACGUCUCUCCCUCUCUCUUUCUUUCUCCCUCUCUUUCUCCCCCUCUCUCUCUCUCUUUCUCUCAGCUCCGGGGGAAACACACACACACAAGACCCUCUUUUUCUUCUAUAUAUAUAUAUAUUUUACCUCUCCCGCAUGUUGCGUGGAUAAGGUUCGCGGGAAAUCCUCCGCAUCUCUCCUCCGCCUCAGCAGCACAACUUUCAGGCUCGCGCUAACGUAAAUGUUCCCGGUGCACGCUGAGAAACAGCGCGUUCUCGUCCUCUGCUGAAGGAAAAGGAUUUUGUUUCUGUCCUCAUCUGAGUCCUGCCACAUCUCAGCCAUGGAGAACGCUCACACCAAGAGCGUGGAGGAAGUUUACAGCUAUUUUAAUGUGAACGAGAGCACGGGGCUGUCGCUGGAUCAGGUCAAACGCCAGAGAGAGAAGUGGGGUACGAACGAGUUGCCCGCUGAAGAAGGAAAGUCAUUAUGGGAGCUGGUUGUUGAGCAGUUUGAAGAUUUACUCGUGCGGAUUCUCCUGCUAGCAGCUUGUAUAUCAUUCGUUUUAGCCUGGUUUGAGGAAGGCGAAGAGACAAUAACAGCCUUCGUGGAGCCUUUUGUAAUCCUGCUUAUUCUUAUAGCCAACGCCAUUGUUGGUGUGUGGCAGGAGCGUAAUGCAGAAAAUGCCAUCGAGGCACUUAAAGAGUACGAGCCAGAGAUGGGGAAAGUCUACAGACAGGACAGGAAGACGGUGCAGAGGAUCAAGGCCAAAGAUAUCGUCCCUGGGGACAUCGUGGAGGUAGCUGUGGGAGACAAAGUGCCUGCAGACAUCCGUAUCUGUUCCAUCAAGUCCACCACGCUGAGAGUGGACCAGUCCAUCCUCACGGGAGAGUCUGUCUCCGUCAUUAAACACACCGACCCUGUUCCCGACCCGCGAGCUGUCAAUCAGGACAAGAAGAACAUGCUGUUCUCUGGUACCAACAUUGCAGCAGGCAAAGCCGUGGGCGUGGUGGUGGCCACAGGUGUGAGCACAGAGAUCGGCAAGAUCCGUGACGAGAUGGCAUCCACAGAGCAGGAGAAGACGCCGCUGCAGCAGAAGCUGGAUGAGUUCGGUGAGCAGCUCUCCAAAGUCAUCUCGCUUAUCUGUAUCGCCGUGUGGAUCAUCAACAUCGGACACUUCAAUGACCCGGUGCACGGCGGCUCGUGGAUUCGUGGCGCCAUCUACUACUUCAAAAUUGCUGUGGCUUUGGCCGUGGCUGCAAUUCCUGAGGGUCUGCCCGCUGUCAUCACCACCUGCCUGGCACUGGGCACACGUCGCAUGGCCAAGAAAAACGCCAUUGUGCGUUCGCUGCCCUCUGUGGAGACUCUGGGGUGCACAUCGGUCAUCUGCUCUGAUAAAACUGGCACCCUAACCACAAACCAGAUGUCUGUGUGCAGGAUGUUCAUCUUGGACAAAGCAGAAGGUGACAGCUGUUCUCUGACUCAGUUCACCAUCUCUGGAUCAACGUAUGCACCUGAAGGAGACGUAUAUCUGGAUAACCGACCAGUGAAGUGCUCUGGCUAUGAUGCUCUAGUGGAGAUGGCCACUAUCUGUGCUCUGUGUAACGACUCCUCGCUGGACUUCAACGAGUCUAAAGGUGUGUAUGAGAAGGUGGGAGAGGCCACAGAGACGGCUCUGACCUGCCUGGUGGAGAAGAUGAACGUGUUCGAUACAGAUGUCAGGAGCCUGUCCAGGAUCGAGAGAGCCAAUGCCUGCAACUCGGUUAUCAAGCAGCUAAUGAAGAAGGAGUUCACUCUGGAGUUUUCUCGGGACAGAAAGUCCAUGUCUGUAUACUGCACCCCCAGCAAGGGCAAGUCCACCACCAGCAAGAUGUUCGUUAAGGGAGCCCCAGAGGGAGUGAUUGACAGGUGUUCAUAUGUACGUGUGGGAGCCUCUCGUGUGCCCAUGUCUCAGGGUAUUAAGGAUAAGAUCAUGUCUGUUAUCCGGGAGUACGGCACUGGACGGGACACGCUGCGUUGCCUGGCACUGGCUACCCGGGACAACCCGCUCAGGAAGGAUGAGAUGGUUCUGUCCGAUACAGCACGCUUCUCUGAUUAUGAGUCUGACCUGACGUUUGUGGGCUGCGUGGGCAUGCUGGAUCCUCCCCGGACUGAGGUGGCUGCCUCCAUCAAACUGUGUCGUCAGGCCGGUAUUCGGGUCAUCAUGAUCACAGGAGAUAACAAAGGCACUGCUGUGGCCAUCUGCAGGCGCAUCGGCAUCUUCUCCGAGGACGAUGAUGUACAUUGCAUGGCCUUCACUGGCCGUGAGUUCGAUGAUCUUUCCCCCAACUCACAGCGCGAGGCUGUCAUGGCUGCCCGCUGCUUCGCCCGUGUCGAACCCUCUCACAAGUCUAAGAUUGUGGAGUUCCUCCAGGGCUUCGAUGAGAUCACUGCAAUGACGGGAGAUGGGGUGAAUGAUGCCCCUGCCCUGAAGAAGGCAGAGAUUGGCAUCGCCAUGGGCUCUGGCACUGCCGUGGCCAAGACAGCCUCGGAAAUGGUCCUCGCCGAUGACAACUUUUCCACCAUCGUAGCCGCUGUUGAGGAAGGUCGAGCCAUUUACAACAACAUGAAGCAGUUCAUCCGCUACCUCAUCUCCUCCAACGUCGGGGAAGUCGUCUGUAUCUUUCUGACUGCAGCACUGGGUUUCCCUGAGGCUCUGAUCCCAGUGCAGCUGCUGUGGGUAAACCUGGUGACAGACGGCUUGCCCGCCACUGCGCUUGGCUUCAAUCCCCCUGACCUGGACAUUAUGAACAAACCUCCCCGCAAUGCCAAGGAGCCCCUGAUUUCCGGCUGGCUCUUUUUCAGAUACCUCGCCAUUGGCUGCUAUGUGGGAGCUGCUACAGUGGGAGCUGCAGCCUGGUGGUUCACUGUGGCUGAUGACGGCCCUCAGAUCACCCUCUACCAGCUGAGCCACUUCCUGCAGUGUUCUCCUGACCAUCCUGACUUUCACGAUCUGGAGUGUCACGUGUUUGAAUCGCCGUACCCCAUGACCAUGGCCCUGUCUGUCCUCGUCACCAUCGAGAUGUGCAAUGCUCUCAACAGUCUGUCGGAGAACCAGUCUCUGCUGCGUAUGCCUCCGUGGGAGAACGUGUGGCUGCUGGGAGCCAUUUGCCUCUCCAUGUCCCUGCACUUCCUCAUCCUCUACGUCGAGCCGCUGCCAGUCAUCUUCCAGAUCACUCCUCUGAGCGUGGCCCAGUGGCUGAUGGUGCUGAAGAUCUCCGUGCCUGUCAUCCUGCUGGAUGAGCUGCUCAAGUUCGUGGCGAGGAACUACCUGGAGCCGGGUAAAGAUUUAGCCGCAGGGGUGCAGCAAGAGAGCUGGAGCGUGUCUGCAUGCGUCCAGGGCAUCUCCUGGUCCUUCAUAGCUCUGUGUCUCCCCCUGGUGGUGUGGCUGUACAGCACGGACACUAACACGAGCCGCUCGCUGGGGUCCUCCUGACUGAGCGCACACUGACUGCGAGCUGCCGUGACGCUAACACACAACCACUACCCAUUAACCCAGAACCACCAUUAACCCGGUCCGAUUGAACGUUUGCACAGGAAUCCACAUUGUGUAUGUUUGCUGAUUUUUUAUAAUUAGCUCUAAGAUCGAUGACUUAUUAUUCGUUGUUGUAACUGUUCCAUUUUAAAGCACACAUGAAUUGUUUUUUUUUUUACAUAUAUAUAUAUAUAUAUAUAUAUAUAUAUAUAAAACAGCUAUAUUAUUAGAUGUUAUAAGCAGUCAGUGGAUUAAUAUAUUUAUUAGCUCAUUUUUAAGGGGCAUGGACCCGUGGAACGUCCUCGCUGUCCUCAAGAUGGAUCAGGACAGUGUGUGUGGUCAUUAAAAAAAAAAAAACUUUCAUUAUAUCCCAGAUUAGAUUGUUUUGUUAAAAUCACCCCCUUCCUAAUUUAUAUUUUUUAAUUUCUUUAAAAAAAAAACAAAAAACAAACAAACGGUUACUUCUUGCAAAUACUUUCUGCAUUUGGCAGAAUUCAGCUACCUCACUUCCACUGCUGUCCAGAUCAUUUUAACCUUAAUUUUAUCUUAUUAGAUUAUUUUUUCUCAACACCAGCCCAGCUGAAUAUCUUUAAAGGGGCAGUAUGUAUUUUUUUUUAACCAUGAAGAUGCUAAAUGCAAUUCAAUAAAAACACUUAUAUGCCUUUUACAUAGCCCCCUAACACACACACAUGCACACACACACACACACACACACACACCACCAUCUUAAGGAUUAGUAUCUCUACUAUUAGUAGAUAUCUAUUAGUAUCUGAUUGAUUCCUAUUUCCAGGCCAGAAGAAAUACAACAACAUAAAAACGAGUUAUAUCUUUUCUAUUUGUCAUAAUUUUUCAUUUAGGGUAGCUUUGAAAUUAUAAUAACAAAUUAUUAGUUGUCUAGACACUUAUCUAGACAAAUAUUAUAGACUGCACCUUUAAAGAUGAAAAGGUUGGAAAAGCACCAGGAUUGUCUCUUAGCCAUGAUUAUAUUCUGCUGAGUUAUUUAGGAGGAUGAAGGAUAUUCUGUGAUCACACUUUAUGUGGACACAGUUCGGAGUAUUUUUAUUUUCCGUGACCUGUGUGAGGUUGUGGAAAACGUGCACAAUGCUAUGGCUUAACAUGUAGGUAAGUGUGUGUGUGUGUGUGUGUGUGUGUAAAAGAACAUGCAUUUGUUUGAAACAAGUACCAACCUACAGCACAAAUGUCUCUAGAGAUUUAGGGAAUUCUGUGAAUUGUACAUCCUGCCAUUAGUAAAGGUCAGCUAGAAGCCUAUCAUAUGUAGUUUGACAGAUCCUUUAUUUUUACGUGAACUGUCCCCUGCUUCACUCAAUAUGUGACUUCUAAUAAUAGUAAUACAUUUUUAACUUAUUUCUUUCCCCAUUGCUUUGCUCCGAGUGUGAGAACAGAAUCAUAACCUUCUGCCCCUGCACCGUGUCUCACCCCCUAAAGAUGAAACUCUUCCUAAUACCGCAAGCUGCAUUUUCUUUAAUCAUCUAAUCACACGACUUUGAGAGGUAGGGUUGCCAGGUCUGCACUAAACUUUCUAUUACAAACUUUGUAGUUACGGACAAGCAUCAGAAAUACUAUUAUUAUUUUAAUUAAUGGACAGCUGCAUUCUUUAAAAAGCCCUGCUUUCUUCAAAAAGUUUAAUAUGUAAGCAAUAUAGUUGUAUGCUUAUAUGCUGAUAAAGGAAAAUAAUCAGUGAUGGGUUGGUGUGGUGAUGCAAAAUACAAGCGUUAAUGCUAGUACCCUGAAGGUGAUUUCUUUUAAAUACACCAUUUAUUAUAGUUUUUAUAGUGGUGUUUUAAGUGGUUAAGGCUCUGGGUUGUUCAUUGGAGUAAUGGGGUUCAAGCCCCAGCACCACCAAGCUCCACUGGGGGGCAAUUGAGCAAGGCCCUUAAACCUCUCUGCUCCAGGGGCACUGUAGUAUAGCUUCCCCUGCUCUGUGACCCGAACUUCCUACAUAUACAUAUAUAUAUAAUAGGCUAAUUUGACAUUUCUAAAUUGUCUGUAAUGUGUGUGUGUGUGUGUGUGUGAGAGAGGCUUUGUGCCUUGUCCAGGGUGUCCCCUAUCUCGUUCUCUGAGAGUCCCCUGGGAUAGACUCCAGGCUCCAGACUCCAGGCUCCAGGUGUAGGAAAAGCAGCACAGAAAAUGGAUAUAUCAAUGAAUUUAACAUUUUAAACAUCUUAAGUAACAACCGGAACGACAUUCCCUGAACUUUUUUUGUUAGAUUUCAAUUCGUUACGAAGUCGUUACUGUACAUAGUAAACGAUAGUGAAUUAGAACAAGCGCAUUAACAGAACAGAGCCCUUUGAUUUGCCUUGAACCUGACCCAUCAGAAUUGAGAAUUCCAAAAACAUUCAUAUAAAAAUAAUCUGAUAUAAACCCUUCUACCUGCAGGAUAAAAAGACAUGAACUUACAGGAAAACUGCAGACUUGGCAACCCUUGUAAAGGAUUUAACACGUUUAUGUCGCAUAAUGGAAAAAAUGGUGUAAAACCCAUUUGAUACAUCUUGAAAUGAUCAAGUCGUUCACUAAAGCUUUUCUAACAAAAUAUUCUUUCUUCUGAUAGGAUCUGAUCAGACUUCUCUCUGUCUCUCUUUCCCUCCUCAGCACCGGCCCUGUAAGCCUGGCCUGGUUCUCAGUAAUCCUUGCAGAAGCUGUAAAGGUUUUGUUAGUUUAGCUGGUGUGUUUUGAGCAGAACCACAUCGUUCAUGACCUGCAUGCCAACCAUGCCAAGCGCUAAAAAGAAAAAAAAAAAGGAGUUAAAAAUGUUUUUUUUAAAAAUGUUAAUUGAGUGAAAGGCUCUGUGGUAAAGAGACUAAAUUGAGUGAAAUAUUAAGGCAGAUCAGGGUGCAUGCCCCUUUAGGCUACUCAAUCAUGAUGCUGGUGAAACGAUAAGCUUUUGUAUAGCACAGCAACACUUAAUUUAAAUGUAUGUAUUUAAA